AACAAAGAAAUGCAGCCAAUAAAAGGUUUCAACGCUACAUAUAUUGAAACAGAAGAUAUUCAUCUCCAAAGAAGACUUGAAGAAGGGCUUCUCCAAAGGAGUAUUCGAGAAUGGGCAAACGCAAGAUAUGAGUCUAAGAACAAACAAGUACCCUUUAUUCCUCCAGCUAUUAGAGAAACCAUAAAGCAGAACAUACAGAGAACUUUAAAGAAAAUUCAUGAUAAGAAAUCUAAAUAAAUUUAACAUCUCAUCACCUAAGAAGAUCAGUAAAAAUAAACAGAUCUAUGGAUCCUCCCCGAGAUUCACUUUUAGAGAAGAAGGGAAAAAGGAAGAUAUAUGAAUCACAAUAAAUCCACCAAAGGAACAAAUUAUCAUUCCAAAAUAAUUUCAAAUUAAAGAGCACAUCUACUUUAAAUCAUACCGACCAGGAAGAAGUGAGGCUAAAGUUGUCCAGGCAGUCUAAAUAAAAUGUCUAAUAAUACAUCAAAGACUCCAAGAGUAGGAAAGAUCCACCAGCUGGGGAACCGACUUAUUAAUAAUCACAACGGAGCCAGUAGAAAAAUAACAAUCACUUCUGAAGAUUUCAUGCCAUCUGGAGAAACCCCUCACCAGAACACUAGUCUCCCCAGCCAGAGCAAAUCAUCUAUCAGGAAGUCAGUGACUAAACAAAACUCGAGGAAGGCCUGCAAGGGCUAUGGACAAAAGAAUUCAGCUAAAUAAUAUUCUUCCAGCCAAUAGAUUACUGGCCUAUGAUACUAUUCCGAUUGGAAAAAUGAUGGAAGGAGAAAUCUUUUCCUCUACAACCUCGAAAGACUGCCUUGGUCCUCAAAAGGGUCCUAUGAAGAUGUACACCACUCUCAGAGGGAACCAUGCGGCAAGUCUCCCGGAUCUUAAAGGUGUCGAAUUGGGUAGCAAAGCUAGCAGGUCCAACGUAAAUUUACACUCAACUAUGAGGAAGUUACAGAGCCAAAAAUCUACAUCUUCGAGGGUUAAACAAUUUCCGACAAAUGAGAAAACAAAGAAGAUGGCUCUUUUUAGAAAGAGACUUGCAAACUCUAAAACAGGAAUUGUAACAAAAGGACCCAAACCAAAAUUUGAGAAAAGUAAAUAAAAUGAUUCAGACUCCAAGAAGUGCUCUCGACAUGAAAUCAGCCAUCUCUAGUCCUGCCCCUACCAUCUCUACUGUCAAAUUUAGGAGGAGGAUGAGAGUUGAAAUGAAAGAAUGAAAUGAUGACCAAGAGAAAAUGGAUGGAGAAAACACCAAUGAGGUUGCUUUUACACUUCAAAGGCAGAACACAAAAAUACUUAAAAAUAAACUUGAGAAUCUCUCUUCAAAGAAAUUUUCAAGCACAAAAGAGCAACCUACAUUCAGAGGAUACGAGAAAGAUGAUAUUAUUGAGGAAGAUAGUGAUCAAUCUUCUUUUGUGACGAGUCUAAGCUCCUCAGAACCUGAAGCUCCGACUCCAUCUCCAUUGAAAGCUUCAAAUAAAAUGUCCACAAGUAUAGAUCUCAGCAAUAAAAAGCGGAGCUCCAAGACAGCUAGGCCGAAGAGGGCGAAUCUAGGUCGUAUAAUUCAGUCAUGUGAAGACCUUCUCCAUUCAGACACUGAAAAUUACACUGAGAUUCUGAAGAUCAGAAAGUAUAUGAACCUAGUCAACCGAUAUUUUAAGGACAAAGUGGAGUACCUCAGUUAUUUUAAUAACGAAAUCAUUGAGUAGA